CGGCAGCGGGGCCCGCGCCGGCCUGGCCCCGCCCCUCGCUGAGGGGGCCUGAGGGGACCCCGCUGAGGCGGCUCAAUGGAGCAGAGCAGCAGACAAUUAUGGAGAGUUCUUCUGGGUAAAUCAUCUUUAAGAGAACCAGCACAGAUUGAGUCAGAGUUGAACAACCACUUGCAGAGAUUGUCAGAGGGACUUUCAUACUAUAAGCCUCCAAGCACAUCUUCAGCAGAAAAAGUAAAAGCUGAUAAAAGUGUAAAUGCUCCACUGAAAGAGCUGGGCCUGAGAGCCAGCAAGUUUUUGGGUCUGGAUGAAGAGCAGAGUGUGCGUUUGUUACAGUGUUAUCUCCAAGAAGAUUAUAGAGGAACAAGGGACUCCCUGCCGACAGUUUCUCAGGAUGAAAGGCAGAGUCAGGCUCUGAUGCUGAAGCUUGCUGACUAUUACUAUGACGAGAGGAUCUGCAUCCUGCGCUGUGUCCUCCAACUACUCACUUAUUUUCAGGACGAGAGGCACCCUUACAUGGCUCAAUACUUCCAGUGUGUUGAAAAGUUGGACAAGGAACUAGUUCCUAAUUACUGGAAACAGUUUGAAGCACUGUACAAAGCAGAAGCUCCUACAUGGGAAACACAUGGAAAUCUCAUGACAGAACGCCAGGUUUCCCGUUGGUUUGUGCAAUGCCUCCGUGAACAGGCCAUGCUCCUGGAAGUCAUCUUCCUCUACCAUGCAUACUUUGAGAUGUCACCUGAUGAUCUUCUGGCAUUUGCAAAGAAGUUCAAAGAACAGGGAUUUGGCACUAGACAAACCAACAGACAUUUGGUAGAUGAGAGCAUGGAUCACCUGGUGGAUCGCAUUGGCUACUUUAGUGCUCUUAUUCUUGUGGAAGGCAUGGAAAUCGACUCCCUCCAUAAGCGUGCUUUGGAUGGCAGGACUGACAGGCACAAAUUAGCCAAUAAGAGCAUCCACCAGGAGAUGGACAAUCAACUGCUGCAGUUAGGAGAUGUCUCGCAUCAUGCUCCCGUGCUUUUGGCCUGGGCCCUGCUCCGUCACACUGUAAACCCAGAGGAGUCAACAAACGUUAUCAGAAGAAUGGGCAGCACUGCCAUCCAGCUGAAUGUUUUCCAGUAUCUGACAAAGCUGCUGCGAUCGCUGAACAGUGGGGGGAAGAAUUGUGCUACCAGCACUGCUUGCUUGUGUAUUUAUGGACUUACUUCCUUUGUCCUGACAUCACUGGAAUUGCAUACAUUGGGCAAUCAGCAGGAUAUAAUUGAUGUUGCAUGUGAAGUUCUGACAGUUGCCAGUAUUCCUCAGCUAUUCUGGAAGACGGAACCUACUGCAGGUCUGGGUAUUAUCCUGGACAGUGUGUGUGGAUUGUUUCCCAAUCAGCUUACUCCUCUCCUUCAGCUGCUCCAAGCCCUCGUGUCUGAUAAAUCUACUGCAAAAAAGGUGUACAGCUUCCUGGAUAAAAUGUCCUUCUACAUGGAACAGUACAAGCAUAAACCUCCGGAUGUGAUCUCUCAUGAAGAUGGCACACUUUGGCGCAGACAGACUCCAAAGCUCCUCUAUCCUCUUGGACUAGGUCAAACAAACCUGCGGAUACCUCAGGGAACGGUGGGCCAGGUGGCGCUGGAUGAUAGGGCUUAUGUGGUACGAUGGGAGUAUUCCUACAGUAGCUGGACACUGUUUACCUGUGAGAUUGAGAUGCUGCUUCAUGUUGUAUCGACAGCAGAUGUGAUUCAGCAUUGCCAGAGGGUCAAGCCAAUAAUUGACCUGGUUCAUAAAGUCAUCAGCACUGAUGUAUCAAUAGCAGAUUGCCUUCUGCCCAUCACAUCACGGAUUUACAUGCUCCUGCAGAGGCUAACAACUGUCAUCUCUCCCCCUGUGGAUGUUAUUGCUUCUUGUGUCAAUUGUUUGUCAGUACUGGCUGCUCGGAUGCCAGCCAAGGUCUGGACUGACCUUCACCAUACGGGUUUCUUGCCGUUUGUUGCCAACCCAGUGUCCAGUAUGAAUCACGUUAUUAGUGCAGAGGGAAUGAAUGCUGGGGGCUAUGGAAACCUUCUGAUGAGCAUAGAACAGCCUCAGGGCGAGUACAAUGUUACCAUCUCCUUCCUGAACCUGAUAACAACUCUUGUCCGGGGACAACUUGGUAGCACUCAGAGCCAAGGACUCGUGCCCUGCAUUGUGUUUGUCCUGAAGGAGAUGUUACCAAAUUACCACAAAUGGCGUUACAACUCUCAUGGAGUGAGGGAGAAAAUUGGGUGCCUGAUUCUGCAGUUGAUCCAUGCUAUACUGAAUUUGUGCCCUGAAAUGGAUCCUCGCAGUAGCAAUGCCCCCAGCCUUCAGUCCCUGUGCAUCUUCAGCCUGGCCAACACUGAAGCAGGGCAAGCUGUCAUUAACAUCAUGGGAAUUGGUGUGGACACUAUUGAUAUGGUAAUGACCUCCCAGUGUAACAGUGAUGAGUCGCAAGGCCACGGUCAACUGCUCAUCCAAACAGUUAAACUGGCGUUCUCAGUCACCAAUAAUGUCAUCAGGUUGAAACCCCCCUCUAGCGUGGUAUCUCCAUUAGAACAGGCGCUUACUCAGCACGGUGCUCAUGGAAACAAUCUUAUUGCGGUCUUGGCCAAAUACAUCUACCACAGGCAUGACCCUGCGCUUCCACGCCUGGCCAUCCAACUGCUCAAACGACUGGCUACGGUUGCUCCCAUGUCUGUUUAUGCCUGCCUUGGUAGUGAUGCUGCUGCCAUCCGUGAUGCCUUCCUCAUCCACCUGCAGAGCAAGAUGGAGGACAUGCGUAUUAAGGUCAUGAUACUGGAGUUCCUCACAGUUGCAGUGGAGACACAGCCUGGGCUCAUCGAGCUCUUCCUGAACUUGGAAGUGAAGGAUGGCAGUGAUGGGUCAAAGGAAUUCAGCUUAGGGGAGUGGAGUUGCCUCCAAGUAGUGUUACAGCUGAUAGAUACCAAACAACAGGAGAGGUACUGGUGCCCUCCCCUCUUGCACCGUGCUGCCAUUGCCUUCCUGCAUGCUCUGUGGCAAGACCGUCGCGAUAGCGCCAUGCUGGUGCUGAGGACAAAGCCAAAGUUUUGGGAAAAUUUGACUAAUCCCCUCUUUGGGACCCUCCCUCCGCCUUCAGAAUCAUCAGAGCUCAGUGUCUUGGAUACCUGUGCCUUAAUCAUGAAAAUCAUCUGUUUGGAGAUCUACUAUGUUGUCAAGGGCUCACUGGAUCAGUCCCUGAAGGACACACUGAAGAACUUCUCCACCAAAAAGCGCUUCACCUACUGGUCAGAGUAUGUGAAGUUACUGGCAGAUCAUGUGGCAGAGACAGAGGGCAGCAGCUGUGCCUUCAUAACAGAGUAUCAGAUGCUCAUCUCAGCCUGGCGGAUGCUGCUCAUCAUCUCCACGAGCCACGCAGAUAUAAUGCACCUGACUGAUUCUGCAGUUCAUCAGCAGUUGUUUCUGGAUGUGCUAAAUGGCACCAGAGUUUUGCUCCUAGUUCCCAUGUCAGUAUCCUGUCUGCAGCUGGGGUCUAUGCUAUGUACCCUUCUUCUGAUCCUGCUCAAACAGUGGAAGAGCGAGCUGGGAUCUGUGGAUAGCAUCAUAAACUCCUUGACGCAGAUUCUGGAGGGGGUGCUCCAGGCAGAUCAGCAGAUGAUGGAGAAAACCAAAGCCAAAGUGUUCUCAGCUCUUAUCACUGUUCUGCAAAUGAAGGAGAUGAAAGUGAACGAGAUCCCUCAGUACUCCCAGCUGGUGCUGAGUGUGUGUGAAACACUCCAAGAUGAGGUCAUUGCGCUCUUCGAUCAGACUCGACACAGCCUGACCUUGGGAGAUGCCACGGAUGACAAGGACAGCAUGGAAACAGAUGACUCUUCUCGAGUUAAACACAAAGACCAGCGGGAUGGGCAGGUGUGUGUUCUGGGUCUGCAUCUGGCUAAAGAGCUCUGUGAGGUUGAUGAAGAUGGAGACUACUGGCUGCAGAUUACUAGGAAGGUCCCUGUGCUUCCCACUAUCUUUGCCGCAUUGGAGAUCAGCCUGAGAGUGAAACAAAACCUGCACUUCACAGAGGCCUCAUUACAUUUACUGCUGGCCUUAGCAAGGACUCAACAGGGAGCAGCAGCUGUGGCUGGAGCUGGUGUCACACAGAGUGUCUGCCUGCCCCUGCUUAGCGUGUACCAGCUCAGCACUAAUGGAGCCAUUCAGACGUCUGCUUCAUCACGCAAGUCUCUGGAUGCCCCCUCCUGGCCUGGGGUCUAUCGUCUCUCCAUGUCACUGAUGGAACGCCUCCUUAAAACACUCAGAUACAACUUCCUGACGGAAGCACUGGACUUCGUUGGUGUCCAUCAAGAGAGGAUUCUUCAGUGCCUCAAUGCAGUGCGGACAGUGCAGAGCUUGGCCUGCCUGGAAGAGGCUGAUCACACUGUUGGCUUCAUUCUUCAGCUCUCAAAUUUCACAAAGGAAUGGCAUUUCCACCUGCCACAGCUUAUGAAGGACAUGCAGGUGAAUCUGUGUUACCUGUGCCAAGCCUGUACCUCCCUCCUGCACAGCCGCAAAAUGCUCCAGCACUACCUGCAGACAAAAAAUGGUGAUUCCCUUCCAGCAAGUGUGACCCCACGAGUGCAGCGAAACCCCCAAGCCCCCUCCAAACACCCGAGCCCUGAGUCAGAGGCAGCAGAGCAGAAAGCACUGCUUACAGUGCAGUACAGCCUCUUGAAGAUCCUCAGCAAGUGUCUUGCUGCCCUGCGCCAUUUCACCCCUGAUGUCUGCCAGAUCCUCCUUGACCAGUCGCUGGACCUUGCUGAGUACAACGUGCUCUUCGUUUUGAGUUUCACCACACCAGCCUUUGAUUCCGAUGUUGCACCUUCCUUUGGGACCCUCCUUGCCACAGUCAAUGUGGCCCUUAACAUGCUGGGAGAGCUGGAUAAGAAGAAGGAACCUUUCCCUCAGGCUGCAGGGCUGAAUAUGCAAGAGGGAACCAAAACCCUCAAGUCUCUGCUCAUGUUUACAAUGGAGAACUGUUUCUACCUGCUCAUCUCCCAGGCUGUUCGGUACUUGAGAGACCCGGCGGUGCAUCCCCGUGAUAAGCAGCGCAUGAAACAGGAGCUCAGCUCUGAGCUGAGUACUCUGCUCUCCAGCCUGUCCCGUUACUUCCGCCGGGGUGGUCCCUCUUCCCCUGCCAGCGGGGUCCUACCCUCUCCCCAAGGGAAAUCCUCCUCCAAGCUGGGUCCUGAAGGGCAGGAGCCUUUGAUUCAGCUCGUGCAGGCCUUCGUCCGCCACGUGCAGAGAUAGAUGCGAUCCUGCCCCCGCCUCCCUCCUCAGGACUUGCAGCAGAACGAUUCACAUCCACUACAGACGGCAGCACCUUCGGCAGAGAGCUCGGAACAAGGGCUGGGCGAGGGAGGGAGGCCUGGUGUGGGCAGGGCUGGAACCAGAGCUGUAACAUCACAGCGAGAUCCCGUUGAGCUCUUGCGACCCAGCAGCAGAGUGAAUGUAAGGAAAGCCAAGAGCUUUUGGGGGUCAGGAUGCGCGCAGCCUGCCCGCUCCAGCUGCUGAGCUGGGGGCAAGGGCUGAGCAGUCAAAACCUUUAUUUUUAUAGCUUGCACCUCAGCUGGGAAGGUUGGGGCUGGAUGGGGAGAGGAGGCGAACUCUCUGCUGGGCAUUAGCUGUGCUCUUAACACAAGGUGCAGCCUGCCUCUCCCAGCCAGAGCCCGGCUGAGGCACAGCCAAGGGAUCAGCCAGCAAUUCAGAGACCAUCUUUCUACUGCUAUUUUUGUACUGAGUGGUUCAAGGCAGGAUGGUGUAUGUGUGCUCACGCCUUCCCUUCCCCCUGCAGGCUGUGUGUUGCGUGUGUUUCUGAAGAGCAAGGCCUCACUCGAAGUUUUUAAGGCACAAUUCCAUUGCUCCAGUCUUGCAGUUUUUUGUAACUGUGCCCUAUUUAUACUGAUAUUAAAACGUUUAUAGACAGCA